AUGGUCAACGCUGUGGCAAUCCUGGCACUUGCCAGCCCCGCCCUUGCCGGUGUCAUGCAGGCUCGAGGAGGCGAGUAUAUUCGUCCAUCCUCUGCCGUUCAGUCAUGGGGCCAUGAAAGCGAAACCUCUUCGUGGACCACCCCGUGUACCACCUCGACCAGCGUGACUAGCACUCCGCACUCGACUAGCACUCACUCGACUAGUACUCACUCGACCAGUACUCACUCGACUAGCACCCCGUGCACCACCUCGACCAGCGUGACUAGCACUCCGCACUCGACUCGCACUCACUCGACUAGUACUCACUCGACUAGCACCCCGUGCACCACCAGCACCAAGGCGACCACCACCCAUGCCACUAGCACUCACGCUACUAGCACCAAGUCGUCCAGCACUUCUCCGUGCCCGACUUCUACCACCACUGCGAAGCCCUCCACCACCCAUGUGAAGCCUGGCCCGAGCACCACCGUUGUCACUAUUGUGACCACAACCUGCCCUGUCACUUCCUCUGUGGUCACCUCUGGCACGACCACCUACACGAUCCCAAUCACCCAGACUAGCACUAUCACUUUGACCAAGACUAGCAUCGUGGACAAACAGCCCACUAUGGUGUACUCUACCAAGGUUCCUCCCGUCACCGCUAGCGCUUCUGUCGUCCCGCCUGCCAAGCAGCCCUCUGUCGUGCCUGUCGUGCCUGUCGUGCCCGGCGAGUCCCCAUCUGUUCAGCCUGCCCACCCUGCUCCUAGCAAGCCUGCCGAGACCCACCCUGCGCAGCCCGGUGUUUCUGUUGUCCCUGCUCAGCCCGGUGCCCCUGCUGCUCCCGCUCAACCCGGCGCUCCUGGUGCUCCCGCUGCUCCUGGUGCCCCCGCUGCUCCUGGUGCCCCCGCCGCUCCUGGUGCCCCCGCCGCUCCUGGUGCCCCCGCCGCUCCUGGUGCCCCCGCCGCUCCUGGUGCCCCCGCCGCUCCUGGUGCCCCCGCCGCUCCUGGUGCUCCUGCUGCUCCUGGUGCCCCUGCUGCUCCUGGUGCCCCUGCUGCUCCUGGUGCUCCCGCUGCUCCCGGUGCUCCCGCUGCUCCCGGUGCUCCCGCUGCUCCCGGUGCUCCCGCUGCUCCCGGUGCUCCCGCUGCUCCUGGUGCCCCUGCCGCUCCUGAGGCUCCUGCUCAGCCUGCCCAGCCUGCCCAGCCUGCCCAGCCUGCCCAGCCUGCCCAGCCUGCCCAGCCCGGUGCUCCUGCUGCGCCCGCUCAGCCCGCUCAGCCCGCCGCGCCUGGUGAGUCGCAGCCCGCUGGUCAGCCCUUCACUGGUGCUGCUUCCGUUGUCAAGCCCGCUGCUGGUCUUUUGGCCGGUAUCAUCGGCCUGAUGGCUCUGCUGUAA